GUCCUGCAGGAAGACCUGGACUUCCGGGAGACAAAGGCGCCCUUGGGAUCCCGGGACGAGUGGGACUCAAGGGCCAACCAGGAGAGAAGGGAGCCCCAGGAGAUGCCGGAAUGUCCAUCAUUGGUCCCCGUGGUCCCCCGGGUCAGCCAGGCACAAGAGGUUUCCCUGGAUUUCCGGGCCCCAUCGGCUUGGAUGGCAAACCGGGUUAUCCUGGACCGAAGGGAGAGAUGGGUCUCUCAGGUCCCAAAGGACAACCGGGACCCCCAGGUCAAAAAGGAGAAAAGGGUCAGUGUGGUGACUACCCCCACCGGCUGCUGCCUCUUCUCAAUUCGGUGCGGCUAGCGCCUCCCCCAGUCAUAAAAAGACGCACCUUUCAGGGUGAACAGGGACAAGCAGGCAUCCAAGGCCCCCCUGGGCCACCUGGUCCCCCUGGACCUGCUGGACCUAUUGGACCUCUGGGUAACCCAGGAGAGCCAGGGCCCAUGGGACCACCUGGCAGAGCAGGAGAGCCAGGGAAGCCAGGCAAGGAUGGAAAGGGCUUACCUGGAUCUCCUGGACCAAAGGGAGACCCUGGAAUUCAGGGAUAUCACGGACGAAAGGGGGAGAGGGGCAUGCCCGGGAUGCCAGGAAGGCCAGGACCUAAGGGGGCUCCAGGGACAGCUGCCUUCGGGAUGAAGGGAGAGCCUGGAGCUGCGGGAAUGCCAGGGCCCCCAGGUUUGCCAGGGAAGAGGGGGCAGAGGGGUGAGAAGGGAAGUGCUGGCACCCCUGGCCUGCCUGGAUUCCUGGGCCAGAAGGGAGAGAAAGGGGAUGCAGGCAAUGGCAUUGGAGGCGGCCGAGGGGAGCCAGGGCCCCCAGGAAUACCAGGACCACCAGGACCAAAGGGAGAAGCUGGCACCAGUGGUCAGACUGGGCCUCCUGGGAGGCCAGGAGACAAGGGGGAAAUCGGAGCACCUGGAGAACAGGGACCCAUUGGCCCAAAGGGUGUCAAAGGAGAGCCAGGCAAAGGAGAAAUGGUGGAUUACAAUGGAAAUAUCAAUGAAGCUCUCCAGGAGAUCCGCACUUUGGCCUUGAUGGGACCCCCCGGACUCCCAGGACAAACUGGCCCACCAGGAGCUCCUGGUGUACCAGGACAAAAGGGGGAAAUUGGUCUGCCAGGUCCUCCAGGACAUGAUGGGGAAAAGGGACCUCGAGGCAAACCAGGAGAGGUCGGGCUCCCUGGUCCCCAAGGGCCACAAGGAAAGGAUGGACCUCCAGGGCUAAAAGGAGAAAAAGGAAAUGUGGGGACACCUGGGGAGAAAGGGGAGGCAGGACAAGUUGGUUCCCCGGGUCUUGAUGGCCCCACCGGAGAAAAAGGAGAACCAGGUGACCAAGGGAGACCAGGAGCCACAGGACUGCCCGGCCCAAUUGGGCUCCCGGGAUUUACAGGAGAGAAAGGAGAACCUGGAGAGAAGGGAGAUCCAGGAGCAGCGGUAUCUGGACCACCAGGGCCAGAGGGUCCCCCAGGACCUACAGGUCUCCAAGGUGUUCCUGGACCAAAGGGGGAAGCUGGACGUGAUGGAAUGAAAGGAGAGAAGGGUGUCCAGGGAGAAAAAGGAGACCGAGGUCCAUUGGGAUUGCCUGGUGCUUCAGGUUUGGACGGCAGGCCUGGGCCACCGGGUACUCCAGGACCAGUUGGAGUCCCAGGCCCAGCAGGACCAAAAGGGGAAAGGGGCAGCAAAGGAGACCCUGGGAUCACAGGACCAAUGGGAGCAGCUGGGCUUCCUGGUUUGCAUGGACCACCCGGUGACAAAGGAAAUCGGGGGGAGAGGGGGAAGAAAGGCUCUAGGGGGCCUAAAGGGGAUAAGGGAGACCAAGGAGCGCCUGGAUUAGAUGCCCCCUGCCCAUUGGGACAUCGAGGUUUUAAAGGAGAGAAGGGGGAGCCGGGGUUACCAGGGCUGGACGGACUGGAUGCCCCAUGCCCAUUGGGGGAAGAUGGCUUGCCAGUCCAGGGCUGCUGGAAUAAGUGAUGGCCCUAACCUUGGAUUGGCUGUGUGUGUGUUUGUACAUAGGAUAUUUAUUUUUAUACAGUUUUCUCUUUUUGGAAAUGCCAGACGUUAUGGUGCAUCUUUUACAGAUUAUCCCCCACCAAAAAAAGCACCCUGCAUUUUUGUACAGAAAUUAUCGAACAUUCCAUCCCCCUUCCUGUCUCCAAGAUUUGUUGGUAUAAUUCUUUGUCCAUGACGCACGUUUUGUUUGUGAGCACAGCUGCAAUGUUUGCAUGAUAUUUGUGCACCCUCGUUAACUUUGGAGUUUUAAUAAAUUAUUGCAUUACCGUGCCAAAGGGAGCUGUCCAGCACCAAAGUGCUGGUUGGUUCAUGAGUGAGUCCAGAGAAAUAAUAUGAAGGUCAAUGGUAUUUGCCAAGCUGGGCAUGCCUGAGAAUAUUUUAAACGUGUGGAUUUUUCAUUAUUAAAAAUGGAAGAUGAUAA